AUGGCAGCUAAGUUCGUCGUUAUCGCCAUGUUGGUGGCAGCUGCUCAAGGCAGCGCAAUCCACGGCGGAGACUACUCGAGCUUCUCAUAUGGCGUAGCUGACCCACACACCGGAGACGUUAAGAGCCAGCACGAGACCCGCGUCGGAGACAAUGUUGUCGGCCAGUACUCGCUGCUAGAGUCGGACGGCCAUCGCCGCACCGUAGACUACGCUGCUGGACCUCACUCUGGAUUCAACGCUAUCGUACGCAGAGACCCUGCUGUGAUUGCUCACGCCGCCCCUGCGGUCGUUGCUGCUCACGCCGCACCUUUGGCGUACGCCGCUCACGCUAGCCCCCUGGCCGUUGGAGCUCACAUUGCACCUGGCGCUGUAUCCUACUCAGCCCACAGCAGCUCUGUUGCGCACGGCAGUCCACUCGUUCACUCUGCAGUUGUAGCUGCUCCUCUUGCUCACGGUGCCAUCGCCUAUGGCGCACACGGUCUCGCCUACGGUGCUCAAGGUCUAGGCUACGGUGCUCAUGGUCUUGGUGCCCAUGGUCUCGGUGCCCUGCUGGUCUCGGCUACAUUCAUUAGGAACUGA